UGAUGUUUACAGCAGCAUGUGCAUUCAGUGGGAAUAAAAUAAAAACAAGCUGCAGACAGACAGUGUGUUUCUGUGUGUUUGUGAUGGGAGAUGACUUCAGCCAUCCUCUCUGCGAUCAACACCCUCACCAAACCUCUCGGCGAGUCUUCUGUGCAUGAUGUUCAGUCCUCGCAUCAGCUGGCCCUCUCGGCAGCGCUGCAAGCCAACAGAGCCGCUCUCCUGGAGCAGCUUCAGAGUGAGGCCAGCUUUGAGGAGGUGAGGAGGCUGAGGGAGGAGGUGAAGGCGACUGCAGAUUGGUUCUCCGGCAGUACAGAAGAUGUGACAUGGAGUUUUGUCCAGGAGUGUCUCCUACUGCUCCUCACCUUAGCACGUCACCUUACCGUUGAACUUGAACUUUUCAAGCAGACCCCUGCUCCCUCUGUAGCCAAACAACGCACCCCUGAGAUGGCUCCACCUUUACCGCCCGAUGUCCUCAGUGUCACCCAGCAGAAGAUGCUUGAAACUGCUCUUCAAUUUGUGGUUUCUCUGGGGCUCUGUCCCUACUUGGCCCCUGGAGUGGGUGUGCCACUUGGUCGCAGGUCAGCGUUUGGAGCCAUGGUGGAAAACCUUGUUUGCGGUGGGGUGGCGCCAGCAGCGGGACGCCGACUUCUUACCACUACAAAUGUUCUGUUGAAGUUGGCAGAGCUGUCAUCUCUUGCCACAAUAGUGUUCACACGGCAUCUGGGGGAUGUGAUGGCAGCACUUUGCCAGCUCGGCUACCAGCCACACAAGACGGAGAGAAGCAGCACAGAGGAAGAGAAGGUAUCACAUCUGGAUAUGAAUUUUCACAAGCUCAGUGCUGAGGAACGCCAAACUUGCAGGGAAGCCCUCAAAAGCCUUCUAGGAAAAGUGUACCAGCCAAUCGUCAUCAAGGAGCUGCUGAUUCUCCAAGGUGGACCCAAACAGUCUGGUGCAGUGCGAAGCUCCAGUGGUUCCAGCAGCAAGGCCGCUCUGGGAUUAGCUCCGGCCUGGUUGAGACGACUGUGUGGCCAGCUGCUGUCGGAGCGCCUGAUCCAGCCUAAUGGUGUACAGUCUGUAGUCAGAGCCAUCCUUGGGGGAGGAACAGGGGAUGAGUCAGACUGGAAGAAAUGUGACGGUGUUGCCAGGCUCCUGAUGACCUGCCCUCAACAGUCUGCCUCAGCAGACAGCUACUACAGAGAAGUCUGUCCACAGAUACUCGACCUCCUGCACUUUAAAGACAAGCUGACAGCCCAGCAGUUUCAGCGUGUGGCCACCAGGGCGGUGAUCUCUAUGGUGCAGGAGAAGCCCAGCUUUGCACGGCAGUACCUGCUCCCUCCUCUGCUAGCACCUCUCCACUGCUGCACCACUGCUUCCAACGAGGAUCAUUCCCAAGGUGUUGUGGAAGAAUGGGAGCUGACACGUUGUAUGGAGGAUGUGUACAAGAUUUGGGUGGUUGGAAACAGUCCAUCAGCUUCUCUCUUCAAAGCUCUGGAACAAGUUCUUCCUGUCAUCUUCACACUCUUCUGUUUUACCAAGCAGAACGUCUCUCACCUACGCGCCCCCUGUCAGGAGACUCUGCUGUGGUACCUGAGCCACUCUGAGACGUCUGCAGCCAUGUCAGCCCUGAGGCAGCUUUCAGGCCUGCAGGGACAGAAGAACGAGGUGGCAGCAGACUUCCACUUCACCCCGGGCAGUGAUGGAGGAGCCAGACUCUGCUCCAGAGAGAGCUGCAGCGACGAGGACGAGGCUCUAUAUGAGAAGGUGUCCGGGGAGCAGUGGCGGCUGGAGUGUCUGAUGCAGCUGCUGGCUGAACUCAAAGACUCCGACCUGCCCGGAGACUUCUUCUUAGACCUGCUGAAGGAGUUGACCAGCUGGGCGGCUUCAGAAGAUGAAGAGAAGGAAGAUGAACGGGAGCUGAACAUGUCGACCAUGACGCUCCUUGAGGUGGAGCAGAGGUUAACGAGUCGUGCUGCGAGGCAAGGCCAGAGGCUGGCUUUGCUUCAGGUGUUGGCUGCAACGGUUGAGUCACUGCAUCAUACAGUGCUGCUGAGAAAAAGCACACAGGUGGUGGACUUCAUGGUGUCCCUGCUUCAGAGGGCCUGUGUGGGUCUGGAUCAGGCCACUGGUCCAUGUCUUGAAAACCCAGUAGAGAGCCAGACGCUGAGCAUGGGAAUGGGCCUAGUGGCCACUCUGCUGUCCGGACCUCAGCUUACUGCAGAGGACUACACUUCUAUGUCACGGCUGCUCGCCCCACUGGAGAUUCUGUCUCAGAUGCACUCUGAGGUGGUCAUCCAGGAGCUAGCAUCCAACCUCAGAGCUGUCAUCGCCACUCACGGUGCCUACCGGCCUGAGGACCUCGCCGCCGCUGCCGCUGCUGCUGCUCAGACCUCAGGAAACGCUGCUUUUAGGAAAAAGAUGCAACCCGAUGCAAAGGUCUCUCAGACUCGUUCAUCUCGUCCGGACAAUAACCCACCUCAAAUCAGACACCCAACUUCCUCUGGAGGGUCUGGAGCAGGACUAGGUUCCAAAGCUGGAGGAAGGACUUCUGCCAUCAAAGACCCUCGCCCCUCUACCAAGUCCUUUUCUGAUUGUCUGUUAGAGGCUUGUGACCCGGAAGUACCAACCAGAGCAGUCGCCCUGAGGAUCCUCACCCAGAUGGUGCAAAACAGAAACCCAGAAGCUGUCCGGGCCCAGGAGAAAGUCCUCAUGCUCUUCUUAGAAAACUUGGAGCACGAGGACUCAUUCAUCUACCUGUCAGCCAUUCAAGGUCUGGCUGCACUGGCUGAUUCCUACCCUGAGAGGAUUCUGGAAAGGCUCCUAAAAGACUUCCAACAUGGUCCCUCCCUACCUACAUCCAACAAGGAGCACUCCCUGGAAACCCGCCUGAAAGUGGGAGAAGUCCUGAUGAGGGCCAGCAGAGCUAUGGGGGAACUCACGCCUCAUCUCGGCCGUCCUCUGGUGGGUGUCUUCCUGCAAGGAACCAGGGACCCAGACCAAAGUGUCCGGGCCAGCAGUCUGUCCAACCUGGGGGAGCUCUGCCAGAGACUGGACUAUGCCCUAGGACCGCUGGCUCAAGAGUUGAGCUCGUGUCUGACCGCUCUGAUAAAGACAGAGAGGGAGGCAGAGGUGAGGAGAGCUGCCGUCCACGUUAUCACCCUGCUGCUCCGAGGCCUCAGCGACAGAGCUACCCAGGUUCUCAGUGACGUUUUGUUGGACCUGUACCGAGCCCUAAAGUGGGUGGUUCGCUCAGACCCGGAUGACGUUGCAGUGCUCCAUGCCCAGCUGGCUCUGGAGGAGCUUUCUGAUGUAAUGAAGAGGUUCGUCUUCCCUGAGCAGAAGCUGGAGAAGAAGAUUGUUGUCCUGCCGUAGAGCUCUUCAGAGGACUUAAAGACCGGACUUGUUCUAUCGCCAUGUGACGUGUCCUACAAACAGGCAUUUCAGUUUCUUUGAAGAAAGGAACAGGAAUGUUUCACCACGAUGUGCUACUGUACCACUAACGAUCCAGAAUAAAGUUUUAUACACAAAUUCUGAAAAUACAAAAUACUGCAUGUAGGUUAUAUACUGAUUUUACAUCACAAGUACUACUCAGCCUGUAGAAACAUUUGUACAAUAUCUUUUUUAAUUAAAAAAAACAACAACUGA